AUGAGCACGAGCAAGAAGGACGAGACGAUCGCGGCGCCGCUCGCGCCCAUGAACAGCAUGGCCAUGAUGAAGGCCAAGAUGAAGGACGUCAUGAACCUGCGCAACCUCCGUGGCGUCGUGAGCUUCUUCGGCCUCGGCGAGCCCAAGCCGUUCGAGGUCCCGGCCAAGGAGAUCGCGCUCUCGCGCCUGCGGAAGAACAUGCUCUACUUCGCCACCAACUACAUGCUUGUUGUCGCCUGCGUCGGCUUUCUCUCCAUCUUGAUGAACCCGUUCUUCCUCUUCAUCCUCAUGUGCAUUGCCGCGGGCUGGUACUACGUGGCGCAGAUCACGGCCAACGAGACGGAAGAGAACCCGUUCAAGGUUGGCGGUCGGCCCGUGAACGCGUCGCAGCGCAACGUGGGCAUGCUCGCUGUGACCGGCGUCCUCGUCGUGUACUUUGGCGGCUCGGUCCUAUUUAGCAUCUUCUCCGUGAGCACGUUCCUCGCCAUUGCCCACGCCUUCUUGCGCAACUCCAACAUCCCCGAAGAAGAGGACGACUUGGGCUUUGACGUCGCGGCCGAAGUCUAG